CGUAUAUUUUGGAACCCUGGUUUGUCUGGCUCUGGCUUUUAGAUUAGAGUCGGCUAGACGAAGAAAUCACCCAUUAGAGGCUCGUUGAAAUUUGAAAUCUCGCAGGCAGGCAGCCUUAGCAACAUAUGAAAUCAUUUACAAUCAACAGGUAUACAAUUGUUGUUCAGACCUCCUGGACCUAGACAUGGAGACGUUCUCCUUCUCCUUCACCACCAUUUAUGGCCAUCUUAAUAGUAGUAGUAUACCAUCCACUAAUUAUCUACACAUCAACAUACGUCCAAUUCAGUAUUCCUCUCCAAGGAGGAUUCAAGCAAAACAUUAUGUACUUAUGGCAAUGCCACAUUCAUCUUCUUCUUCUUCAUGGAAAGAUGUCUGGAGAAAAGAAACCUCAUCUAACAAUGCAAUCUCAUCAGGAACGACACAACAAAUCUACCGCCGGAGACACCAGGUACAACAUUUGGAUCACAGCGUCGACAUGGAAGAAUUGCUAAACUCAAUUAGUCAGACCACAGAUGAACGCCAACUGUUCGCUAUAAUGUCACCUUAUAAAGACCGGCAACUUUCGAUUCGAUUUAUGGUAGGUCUUCUUUCACGUGAAUCUGACUGGCAAAGGUCGCUCGCAUUGCUAGAUUGGAUCAAUGAACAAGCUAUGUACACUCCUUCCGUCUUCGCUUACAACGUCGUCUUGCGCAACGUCCUUCGUUCAAAACAAUGGCCGGUUGCACGCGGCCUGUUUGAAGAAAUGCGCCAGAAAGCACUUUCUCCCGAUAGGUAUACAUAUUCAAUGCUCAUCACUCAUUUCGGGAAAGAAGCUAUGUUUGAUGAUGCUCUCUCCUAUCUUCAGAUGAUGGAACAGGAAAACGUCCCUGGCGAUCUUGUACUGUAUAGUAAUCUGAUCGAAUUAUCUCGUAAACUUUGUGAUUACUCCAAAGCAAUAUCAAUCUUCUCCCGAUUGAAACGAUCCGGUAUCACACCUGACCUAGUUGCCUACAAUUCAAUGAUCAACGUCUACGGUAAGGCCAAGCUUUUCCGGGAAGCAAGAUCGUUAAUCGACGAGAUGAAAUCCGCUGGAGUUGAACCUGAUACCGUGACCUACUCUACACUCUUGAGCGUAUACGUCGAGAAUCAAUACUUCUUCGAGGGAUUAUCAGUCUUCUCCGAUAUGAUCGAGGCGAAAUGCCCUCUCGAUCUUACCACAUGUAAUAUAAUGAUCGACGUCUACGGGCAGCUCGAUAUGGCGAAACAAUCCGACGAACUGUUCUGGAGCAUGAGAAAGAUGAGAAUUGAACCGAACGUUGUGAGUUACAACACGCUCUUGAAGGUCUAUGGUGAAGCCGAGCUUUUCGGAGAAGCCAUACAUCUCUUUAGACUAAUGCAGACGAAGGACAUAUUACAAAAUGUUAUAACCUACAACACGAUGAUCAAGAUAUACGGGAAAUCACUCGAGCACGAGAAAGCGAACAACCUAAUCAAAGAAAUGCAGACCCGAGGAAUACAACCGAACGCCAUUACUUACUCGACGAUAAUCUCGAUAUGGAGCAAGGCCGGGAAAUUGGACAAAGCAGCGAUGAUGUUUCAGAAACUGAGAUCGUCGGGGGUGGAGAUCGAUCAAGUUCUUUACCAGACAAUGAUUAUAGCUUACGAGAGAGCCGGUUUGAUAGGUCAUGCCAAACGUCUUCUUCACGACGUUAAAUCGCCCGAUAGUAGUAUGCCUCGGGAGACUGCAGUUAGGAUUCUGGCUAGAGCUGGAAGAGUAGACGAGGCGACUUGGGUUUUCAGGCAGGCUUACGAUUCCAACGAGAUUAAGGAUAUAUCAGUCUUCUAUUGUAUGAUUGAAUUGUACUCAAGGAAUAAGAAACACGGGAAUGCGGUUGAGGUUUUCGAGAAGAUGAGAAAAUCGGGGUAUUUCCCUGAUUCAAAAACGGUUGCGAUGGUUUUGAAUGCUUGUGGAAUGGUGCGGGAGUUUGGGAAGGCGGAGGAGAUUUACGAAAAGAUGGAGGAAGAGGGUUGUGUUUUUCAGGACGAGGUUCAUUUCCAGAUGCUUAGUCUUUAUGGAAUGAGACGGGAUUUUGGUAAGGUUGAAAAUCUAUACAAGAGUCUUGAAUUGAAUCCCAGUAUUAACAAGAGGGAAUUGCAUCUUGUUGUUGCUAGUAUUUAUGAGAGAAAUAAUAGACUAAAUGAUGCUUCUAGAAUCGUUAAUCGUUUGAACUACAGCAACAUUUGAUUACAUUUUCAAAUAACAGUCUUCCUUUUGUUAUUGUU